AUGGGAAAGGAAAUCGUGGUAAUCGGUCGCCUUUUAGAAUCCGAUUGCGAAGUUUCUUUAGCUACAGAUGAAGAAAAAGGAAAUACCCUUGUAGAUUCCAAAGAUAAAGUGCAGGAUUGUGAAGGGCAGUGUUCCGAAAAUAGUUCUGAGCUUAGCACUUCACCUCUGAAAUAUGAAUUUUUAACUUUAUCGAAGUUGCAGAUAAAGGAUGCACCGAAGAUUUUGAUCGACAAAUAUUGUCAUUCUUCUACACUAAAACAGUUUGCUCUGUCUUCGCUGAAAGCUUCAGAAGCUCGAUCUCUUGCUGGCAUGUUUAUUACCAAUGGUGUCCCAUUUGAUAGGGAAACGCUGCCGAAUCCAGAUAUUUGGAUUUCCUGUGAUAUUAGUGACUACCUUCAUACAUGUUGGUUUGGUAUAUGUAAGACAAACGAUGGCAUUGCGACUUACCAUGCUAGAACAUUGCCACGAGAUUACACAGACCCUAUCAAAUUUUUGGAAGAUUACAAAGAACGUUUUCGUGAUUCCUACAAGGUCUCUCCAAACAUAGCUUAUUGUGUGUAUGAUGUUGUUCCGAAAACAGUUACAACCAAUCGAGACAACCAAAACAGAUUGUCUGGACUUGUAGAGCUUCAUGUAUCAUGGACAUUUCUAAAUAUGAAUCAUUGUUCUGAUGGAAUACUUUCGAAACCUGUUCCGUCAGCUUCGGUCGUUGCUAAGAUAUCACCAGGUUGGCUUGAUGUACGCUUGCCACACCUUGGUUUAGUUGUUGAGCUGGAACAGGUGCUUGCCUUAGGACGUGCAUUGAGAACCGGCAAAGUGACUUGGUCAAAUGUGGAUUUCGAGCAAAUACAGGAGGAUGAAAAGCUCAUAAAAUCUGCGUUACAAUCUCUGCUUAAUCAAACUUUACCUUUUUCUAGAAACAAAGAUUUGGAGGAUAUUCCACUGGAUUUACCUCAAGAUUUCACGGAAGAACUGUGGCUCAUAUUGCGAUACUGUCAUUCAAAUCAAGAUCUCAUAAAAGCUUUAAAAUAUGUUUUUGAUGCUUUGAAAGGAGGAUAUAAAAAUACCUUGGUACUUACAAAUAAUAGAUGUACGAUGGCACGUUUAUUGCGCGAUGCAUGUAGCAGCGACUUGCUAUUACCACGUUUGGAGGGCCUUACACCGAUACAAAUUUAUUUGGAAAUGGGUCUGGAGCGGUUGCGAAGAGCUUGUAUCGAUGAAUUUUUAAAUAGAGAGUAUUUUGAGUCUGCUGCCGAAAUUGAUGCUGUUUUUGAUUGCUGCGCAGGGAAAGAACCACAGGAUCAGGCCGAUGCAUUAUUCUUGUUCUACAAUAGUCUUUUGGUAGUAAAUACAUGUAAGCAAUAUCUUAGAUUGGAUCGCCAUCAUAUAAAUAUCAUUGCAAGGCAAGUCCUUGAACAGUACAGCAAACUGAACAUAUCUCCUACGGCUGAUGACAUAACCGAACAAAUGAUGGAAAAGAUGACUUUUACAUUAAAUUCCAGAUUGUCAUUUACAGACAUCUUCAAACCUGUACAUGAAAAUAGAUUUCCCAAAAUUUGGAAAUCAGAAGUUACGGUUGAAACCACUAAUAAAGAAGGUUGGUUAGCGCGCUGCAUGAUUUUGUGUUCACGUACUUCUUGGUUACCGUUUAUCAAAAAUCCUGGAACUAACGAUGUUGCAUUUGACAGACAGAAUACUGAUGGGGGAAAUAAACUCGAUAGUGCAAAGAAAAUUAAGGACCAGACAGUGCUUCAAAAUUUCAUGUCAGAAAAAAUUUUUUCUUCAAGCGAUGAAGAAAAAUUAAAACUGCAUACAACUCUACGUCAUUACGAGAUCAGUGUCGUUACCGGCAGUUUCUCCACGCUAUUGUCAAGAUAA